CCCUUCUCUAUCGUCUCCUGAUGUCUAGAAGCAACAGCAGAAUGCAGGUCCCUCACUAAACCAUUCGCAUUCCGAGCACACACCCUCUCACCAGCGAAGUCCUCUGAUCCGUCGAGCAUUAAGACCUCCGAAUUAUGGGAUUUCUGAGGAUGGAGUACGGGAGAGAUGGAAUGCGUUUAACGUGGAGUGUGUUUCCUUUCGCUGUAAUGUUGGCACUCAGCUCUCUUGUCGGACCUGCGCGAGCUAGUCCGGACUACACAGAGGCCUUGAGGUUGAGCUUAUACUUUUUUGAGGCCCAGCGCUCUGGUUAUUUGCCGGCUGAUCAACGAGUGAACUGGCGUAGUCAUUCCGGUCUUAACGACGGCAAGGAUCAAAAUAUUGACCUUGUCGGAGGAUAUUAUGAUGCGGGAGACAACGUGAAAUUUCAGCUACCUAUGGCGUUUACAGUCACGACAUUGGCGUGGAGUGUCAUCGAAUACCGAUCUCAGCUUCAGAAGCAAGGGCAACUCGACCACGCUCUCAAAUCCAUCAAGUGGGGCACCGAUUACUUCAUCAAAGCGCACCCCGAACCCAACGUUCUUUGGGCCGAGGUUGGAGAUGGCACCACUGAUCACGAGUGCUGGAUGAGACCUGAGGACAUGACCACGUCUCGCCAAGCUUACAAGGUUGAUGCCAACAAUCCAGGAACUGAAGUUGUGGCAGAGACUGCAGCCGCAAUGGCAGCGGCGUCCAUAGUGUUCAAGUACUCUGAUCCGGGAUAUUCGAACACUCUUCUGACCCACGCGAAACAGCUAUUCACAUUUGGCGACACUCACAGGGGUAACUACGAUAGAAGCAUACCCAUCGUAAAGGGUUACUACCCGUCUGUCAGUGGCUACGGGGAUGAAUUGCUUUGGGCUUCUUUCUGGCUUUUUGAGGCAACUGGAGAUGAGAACUAUCUGGAAUAUACAUCAGUAAAGGCUCAGGAGCUUGGCGGAACAGGUUGGGCCAUGACUCAGUUUGGCUGGGAUGUCAAAUACUCUGGUCUUCAAGUUCUGGCCUCGAAGAUCUUGAUGCAAGGUAGAGGAGGUGCACACACUAGCACCCUCCAGUCCUAUCAGAGACAAGCAUCCUACUUCCUGUGUGCCGCUUUAAGCAGGAACAAUGGCAAAAACAUUCAACGCUCUCCCGGGGGUCUGUUCUGGAUCCAGCCCUGGAACAAUAUGCAAUUUGUGACUUCAGCAGCAUUUUUGCUGACAGUCUACGCAGACUAUUUAAAGGCUGCAAACCAGGAACUCACUUGCUCAGGCUCACCCGUUCAAACAUCUGAACUAAGUGGCACGGCACAGAAGCAGAUCGAUUACAUUUUGGGGCAUAAUCCACGAGGAAUGAGCUACAUGGUGGGCUUCAGUAACAAUUACCCUAAAGAGGUUCACCAUCGUGGGUCUUCUAUUGUGUCGAUCAAAGUAGACUCUGCCCAUGUUCAGUGUAAGGACGGGUAUGCCACCUGGUACAAGAAGCCACAAGCCAACCCAAAUGUUCUCCUUGGAGCUUUAGUAGGUGGACCCGACGCCAACGAUAACUUCAUCGAUGAUCGUGACAACUAUCAAAUGACAGAAGCCUGCUUGUAUAAUAAUGGACCCCUUGUCGGUGUGCUGGCCCGUUUGAGUGUCGGCCCCACGUACCAAGGCGAGACAGAACGGCCCGAAUUUUGGACUCCUGUUCUACCCAAGGCUCCAGAUUCGCCUCGAAGUCCUCCACCACCACCAUCCACAUAUCACAAUGUUCCCUGGAAAAUAACUGAGUUUGUGCAAGAAUGGCAAAGCAGGUCGACAGCCUUGGUGGAGCUCAAACUGUUGGAUUUGAAGUGGGAGGGAUUUUGGAUUCAAGGCCUGGGCUGUGCAUGGCUUCUCCUUUACAGAUGUAUCUACAGACUGGCCAUGGCCUGGUUCAUGUAUGGACGCCUUGGAGUUGGAGCUGUACUGGUAUUUUCUAGAAGUCUUGCAAGACGACUUACAGGGUUGUCCGUUGGCUGACAUUGCACAUAUGUGUACACUUUGUAAACCUAUCUUCAACUAAAUUAGACAUACAGAAUGAUAACCCAUUGUGGGAAGCCCCAUCGCUAGCCACGACAUGGUGGUGCGAUCUGAAAUAGACUGAAGUCGUCAGAUAACUGUAAUUCCCGCUCAUUGUUCGAGCUUCUCAAUUGUGAAAGCCUAGCGGGUUUAUUGCUACGAUCCAGGAGCAACGAGCCUGACGUCCAAAGUCGACUUUAUUCUACACAAUCUGGAUUCAGUAUUCUUUCUCACCUGGGUGUAAUAAUGGAGAGAAAAGAUCUCAUCCGAGGCGUUUGCCCAUUACAAGCGAGUCGAAAAAAAAGAAAUGUUCCAUUUGUGCUGUUCUCUUCAGCCUGGGAUCAUGUUACAUUCCCAUAUAUUUCCUUCUGGAAGGUUUUGGUUGAGCAACAAUGGAAUGUUACGCAAAUUCAGCUUGUCUGCCCUAUUUCAAAAAUUCCAUGCCUUUCCGUACUCUGAGGAUACAGUUAGACUAUUUUCUUCAGGAAGACACCACUGGUUCAUUCCACGGAGGUACCUUUAACAUCCCUCGAACUGUCUGAGGAAGUAGGAGCAUUUCUGCACUGAUUAGUUUGAUGCUCUAUCGAUCUAGAAGAUGGAGCCUGGUGUACAUAGCAUAUUUUUCACGAAAAGCCAGUUUUAGCGUCUUCCAAUAAGCCUCCUGACCCAGGGACUUCAGUAGUCAACCGUUAACGCAGAUAGGAUCAUCGUCCAUAGACAGUCAGGGCCUGAAACGAUCGAAAGCCAACCAAAUGAUGCAACUAUUCGAGAACAGGUAAAGUUCCUGACGUAUACAGUCCAAGCUAAUAGGAAGCAUGUAGGACCUUCUCUUGUAUGUGUAUUACUCUCCUUCCACAGACAAAAGCAGUAGAACCCUCAAAACUAGACAGAUUCAUAUUUUCCUCAAAAUGAUCGUCUUAUAUUUCAUCAGAGUGUGUAUGUUCGGAAGCCUCCACAUUGAUGAACCACUCUAAAAUGACUUCUCGUUCAAAUCUCAACAACAAAAGACUCAUAUUGAUGGUGUCAGAGCUAAAUAUAACUACAUUCAAGAAAGAUUUGGGGUGUUCAAGAAAGUCACGUUAUGUACCUGCGCAUUAAGUUGAUGUCUAGGUGGAAAUUGUUGGGUUUGUUUUAUCUUGAUAUCCUUGAGACUCCUCACGAUCAUUCCACGCAUAAAUAUGCAUAGCUUUUCGGCAUUCAAUUUGGAGCCCACUCAUCUAAACAGCGGUCCAAAAAGAGAGGGACAACAGAACGCCCUCUUCGAGAACAGUACCACAGCAAUCUAAUAAUUCCUGAAUCGUAGAAUAACGAUCUACAAUUUCAUUGUAAGACCGAGUGAGAUUCCCAUCAAAAAUUAGCUGUUUGACACACACUCUGCCCUGCAACUCGAAAGCCUCUGUCCUACUCUCGUCAAUGUGAACUGCUCAGGGUUAGCCAUCAAUUGCAGGAUGUUACACAGUCUCCCGCCAACACUACGCCGGAUAACUGUUCUCGCCACAAUGAACAAGGACGUCCACACGUGUACAAACACCAUAGAAAACAGAACUCCUGCGGAUUCCAAAGGUCUCACGGCCAACACUGCAAGACGUCCCUGUAGUUCUUGCUAUGAUGAGCAGCGAGGUAAAAGCCAGUCGGCUACAUCUCUUUACUCAUAGAGUUCCAACAAACAGCUGCUGAUCCACAAGUUCAAAAAUAACAACUAGCCAAGGUCGACCUCCUCUCUGACGGUGAUCUCCGAGAAACAAUCCUUCGACCAAACGUAAAAUCGUGAAGUACACUUUAGUGUGAACAAGUCUGAAAUAAUAUCACUUUCACGCCCUAGGCAUCAGAUACUCCGAUUUGAGUGAGAUGAGUGAGACUGACCGAAGGCAGAACAGUUCUAGGCCCUUCUGUUCUACGUUGUCCCGGACUCACAAGAGAUUCACAGAAGUUCAGAAGUCACGGGGGGACGGUGUACAACACCCCGUUGCCCUACUCUCAGAACACUUAUUAGAGAGAUAAGGGCAACUUACAGACAGACCUGCAGCCCACAGAACGUGAAAGCACAAGCCAAAGGCAGUAACUGGAAAGGAGAAUUCGGUGCCACUGAGAAAUGACAUGCCAUGAAAUGAUCGAGGAAGAUGCAACGAGAUGAGUCAGUGGUACAUACAGUCCAGUACCUGGCAACCAGCGCAGCUGAGAAGUGAUCAAAUGCGAGGACAUGGAUAAUCUCAUGGACAGGCCAUGCGCUUCUACGUGCCAAAUUCGGUCUCUUCCCGACUACCCGAGCUCCAUCUGCCGUCGCAGAUCGAGGCAGCUCAUGGGCACGGUCCGGUCUGCGCUGCCAGCUCCAGAAUCAUUCCCAGCUUAUGCCGCAUCUUGGAUCGAUCGAAAUGCCUGCCACCUCCAGAUCCAAAUCUCUGACUGCCCAGGCCGGCCCGGGACUCGAUCCAGUUCCCCACGAUCUGCAGUACGAAGGCGGACGGCAACGCAGUUCAAGCCAUUAAGGCCACUUCGAGGCAGAAGGCAAGAAAGCGUAUUUUGGAAGUAGCGCUUCCUUUGCUUCUCCUGCAAGCCUCAGGCCUCGACGCAGUCAACUGCAGGGACUUAGACUUUCGCACGGCUGCACAACCACGACUGUCUGCCUAUCUGCCGGUAGACUAUUGACUGCCCCGGAUCGACGGAGCCAUCACCGUCGAUCGUCGAUC